AUGUUUGGGGAUUUUAAUCCUUCUACCUGUGAAACAACGGGUAUAUGUAUCUUAAAGAAAGCUGACGAUAUAACACCCAAUGAAUCCACCACAUUAAGCCUUGAAAAUAGAAAUCUGAUUGAAAUACCUCAAAAGAUCUUGUGCUUGAAUCAAUUGAAGCAUCUUUCACUAAAUGGGAACUGUAUACGUGUAUUACCAGAGGAAUUUUUCAAGGCAUUUCCGCACUUAACUUGGCUAGAUCUUAGAUGUAAUAAACUUGAAUAUAUUUCCCGUGGCGUUGUUAAUUUAUCUAGUUUGAAAAAUCUUCUUGUUAGUAACAAUAAUAUACGCCGUCUCUGUAUCGAACUCGGAGGCAUAAAUAGUCUGGCGGGACUUAAUAUUGGAGGAAAUCCUAUUGAGUUUCCCCCUAGAGAUAUUUUGUCCAAAGGUACGAGCUGUAUCAUACAAUUUCUUCGGAAGUGUUAUUCGAAGAGGCUCGAAUUAGAAAGACUUGUAUCUGAUGAAAUGUUGGAAAAUAAUUUAGUGAUUAAUGGUGAAAAUGAUGUCGUGUUGGAAAAAUUAGAUCAACUUGCAAUUGAAGCUGCUAUUAAUCAGAUGAAAUUGGAUGAAAAUGAGAAACCCGAGAGUAAUCCCCCAUUAUAUGAAUCGAAGUUGUAUCGUCGUCUCAAGAGAGAGAUGAUUUCCUUUAAUAAAGCAAAAAAGGGGUCACGUUACCUUCCACGUCAGUCAGACAGAGAAGCUUUUCUCUACCAGGCAAAAAAUAAAUUAGUCUCUGCUGAAUCGAUUCACAAGGCUGAAUUGAGUGAAAUGCGUCAACUUAAAUCCAAGUUAGAAAACAUUCGACGAGACCGUGUACUGCAGCGACUUAAGCAAGUCGAUUUUUGCUGUCUACUUACUAAUGAUAAGAAUAAAGGAGCCAUCGACGACUGGAAAGUUAACUAUAGGUUAAAACAAUCUAAUCUAUCAGAUAUCUAUAAAUAUAAGCCUCGGGAGGAAAUUAAAGAAGAAUCCUUGAUUCGUAUUCGGAUAGCACCUUAUGACAUUAAUGAUGACGAAGUGUCUGUAAUGAGCCAAUAUGAUUUAGAAAAAAUGAAAUCGGCCCCAAAACCUGGUAUUUCAAAUGCACCACGACCAAGACCAAGAAGUGCAGAUUCUGUUCUGAAAUUAGAGAUGGCAAUACGCAACAAGGAAAAAAAUCUUAUUUAUGAUGUUAAUAAGCAAGCUGAACUCUUAAAUCUGAAGAUUGAGAACCCCUGUCUACCUCUCAGUGUUUCGGAUGCGGAGGCGGAUUUGGUCAACGCUCUACAGUUGCAACUAAGGCUGAAAAAUAGGCAAGAUGUAAUUACACAAUUAAAAAUGUCAACCAAUCCUACGGCCUUCUUGAUGUGA